AGUAAAAAAUGUUGCAAGAAUGUUAGCAACUAUGGGAGUAGCAAGAUAAAACCCCUAAACAAUUUGAUACCUUUAUUAUUUAGAAAGCACAAUUAUAAUUUACACCGCAGUUCACUGACAAGUUAAAUCUCCCAACAAUAGGAAAAAUCGAGCGAAAAACCGAAAAAUGUGAAAAUGUUUAAUCAGUUACUGGUUAAACCAGUUCAACGAACCUGUAACAGUUCCCAUCUCUUCCCACCAAAACCCCGAUUUUGGCUUCCACGAAACGCCCUCACCACCGUACCUGAAUCUCCACCGGUUUCCGAAGACGCCACCGCAGCAAAACUCGUCCUCGAAUCAGAUCCAUCAUCCCUCCCCGAAACCCUAUCAAAUCACUCUUUCCAAUGGACCCCACAGCUAGUCAACAACGUUCUAAAGCGACUAUGGAACCACGGACCCAAAGCCCUACAAUUCUUCAAACACCUAGAACGCCACCCAACUUACAUUCACUCCCCAUCAAGCUUCGAACACGCCAUCGACAUCGCAGCCCGAUUGCGUGAUUACAACACUGCUUGGGCUUUCGUUGGCAGAAUGCGGGCUCUCCGUAUCGGCCCGACUCCUCGAGCAUUCGCUAUACUCGCUGAAAGGUAUGCCACCGGUGGAAAAGCCCACCGGGCAGUGAAAGUGUUUUUGUCUAUGCACGAACACGGUUGCCACCAGGAUUUGAAUUCAUUCAACACAAUCCUCGACGUUCUCUGCAAGACGAGACGCGUUGAGAUGGCUCAUAGUUUGUUCAAAACAUUCAAAGGUAGGUUUAGAUGUGAUAGUGUUAGUUACAACAUAAUGGCUAAUGGUUGGUGUUUAAUUAAGCGAACGCCAAUGGCGUUACAGGUUAUGAAGGAGAUGGUGGAGAGAGGAAUUACGCCGACGAUGGUUACUUAUAAUACUUUGCUCAAAGGGUAUUUUAGGUGUAAUCAGUUGAGGGAAGCUUGGGAGUUUUUUCUGGAGAUGAAGAAGAGGAAAUGUGAAAUUGAUGUUGUUACUUACACUACAAUGGUUCAUGGGUUUGGUGUUGCUGGUGAGGUUAAGAGAUCGAAGAGGGUUUUCGAUGCGAUGGUGAAAGAGGGUUUGGUUCCUUCUGUUGCUACUUAUAAUGCCUUGAUUCAGGUUUUGUGUAAGAAGGAUAGUGUGCAGAAUGCUUUGUUGGUUUUUGAAGAGAUGGUGGGAAAAGGGUGUGUGCCUAAUUUGACUACUUACAAUGUUGUUAUCAGAGGUUUGUGUCAUUCAGGUGAAAUGGAGAAAGCUUUGGAGUUUAUGAAGAGAAUGGAAGAACAUGGGUGUAGGCCAAGUGUUCAAACAUACAAUGUUGUGGUACGUUAUUAUUGUGAUGAUGGGGAACUUGAAAAGGGUUUGGAGUUGUUUGAAAAGAUGGGGAAUGGGACUUGUUUGCCCAAUUUGGACACCUAUAAUAUUCUGAUUAGUGCCAUGUUUGUGAGGAAGAAAUCGGAGGAUUUGGUGGUGGCUGGGAAGUUGUUGAUGGAGAUGGUUGGUAGAGGUUUCUUGCCCCGAAAGUUUACUUUUAAUCGGGUGUUAAAUGGACUUGUUUUAAUGGGGAAUCGAGAUUUUGCUAAUGAGAUAUUAAGAAUGCAAAACAGGUGUGGUCGUGUUCUCCGUCAUAUGAAAUUAUGACAAUGUUUGGAUUUGGUUCCCCGGAACAACCAUUUCUGUUGUCCCCAUGCAUUACUCUGUAUUAUGAACUGGUUUUAUGGCUUGAGAUUGUUGCUUCACAAGUUUGAGAGUAAAAUCCAAGUCUUUCAAGGGGAAAAUGAGGCUAUCACAAAUUCACAGUGUUUGAAGUAAGAAUAAUGGCAUUUUUGACACAAUUGGUUUGACUUUCAGUCAUGCAAUUUAAGAACUGAGGGUUGAAGAGCUCCCUAAUUCACCACUGCUUUUCAAUGAGAAAGUGCCCAUGAUAUUAUACUUUUAGCAAGUAUCAUCUACAACAGAACAUGGUUGGAGCUUCAAAUAAUGUUUCUACUUUUUUUUUUAGUUCUUCUGUUAGGCUUCCUGUUCGAGAUAAUCUAAAUGCAACCAAAAUUCAUGAGAAGAAGUCAUUUCCACCCUUCACUGGUUGCAAGAUGUGACUUGAUGCUUAUCAAUGUAUAUUUAUAAGUAUUCUGAUAGCAUUCUCGAAUACCAUUGUAUUUAGCCUCUUCAAUCCUCAGCAAACUAUUUUUGAAGUCUCAACGGUUUCAGGAUUAUUUAGAAUCUGAGUUCUUCCUGACCUUUUAAUUCAUCAUGUCUAGCUUGUAGCACAUUUCUGGCUGCAACAAAAACAUCUGUAAUGGCAACCAAUUGUUUAUGUUGAAUUUUGCAGUAACAAAAUAAGUUCGUUACACAUGAUA